AAAUAUGUGUGCUUGAACUUUUAAGUUCCAAAAGAGUGCAAUCUUUUAAGGUGAUCAGGGAAGAAGAAGUUGCAUCUGUAAUCUAUUGUAUUUCGGCCUCGGCCCCGUCUGCUUCUAUUGAUGUUUUUGAAAUGUUUGCUAGGUUCACAAAUAGAACUCUUUGUAGAGUUGCUUUUGGGGGCAUGGCAUUUGAUGAUGGUAAACUUAAAGAAACUCUCAAAGAAAUCACAAGUCUAAUGAGUGGUUUCUCGGCGUCUGACAUUUUUCCUAAAGUAGGCUGGAUUAUUGAUAGGCUCACCGGAAUGCAUGGGAGACUUGAAAAAUGCUGCCAUGAUUUGGACAAAUUUUUUCAAGAUAUUGUAGAUGAACAUCGCAACCCGGAGAGAUGGAAGCCAGAACAUGAGUACGACCUCAUAGACGUUUUGUUGGAACUAGAUAUGGAUCUAACGAGUCCAAUUUGUCUCACUAACGACCAUAUCAAAGCGAUCCUUAUGAAUGUAUUUCUUGCGGGAGUAGACGCAUCAUCUGUGACCAUGAAUUGGGCAAUGGCAGAACUAAUAAAAAAUCCUGCAGCAAUGAAAAAAGUACAAGACGAAGUUCGAAAUUACGUAGGAAGAAACACUGACAAGGUAGAUGAAAAAGACCUUGAUCAUUUGCAAUAUCUUAAAAUGGCGGUUAGAGAAACUUUAAGACUACACUCUCCGCUUCCAAUGUUGCUUCCCAGAGAAAGCAUGAACAACUGCAAGAUCGAUGGAUACGAUAUAAAGCCAAAGACUAGAGUGCUAAUAAAUGCAUGGGCGGUUGGGAGAAAUCCGGCUUAUUGGCAUAAACCAGAUGAGUUCUACCCUGAGAGCUAGGUUCAUAGAUAAGUACUCCAAUAGUACUGAUUAUGGAGGACAACAAGAUUUUGAGUACUUACCUUUUGGAGGUGGUCGAAGAGGUUGUCCUGGGAUCAAUAUGGGACUGGUAACAACUGAACUCGCGCUCGCGAAUAUGUUAUACUGUUUUGAUUGGGCAUUACCAGCAGGGAUGAAGAUUGAAGAUGUAAGCAUGGAUGAAUCAUCUGGUAUGGUUGUCCAUAAGAAAUACCAUCUUCACCUUGUACCGAUCAAAAAGAAAAAUCUCUAGUUCUCUAGUGUGUAUUGGGCUUCUGAGACUAAAGAUUCAACCACUAUUUGGAGCA